AUGGCAUACAUACCACCACAUAAGAGGCAGUCUAAGGAUGGUGGUGGUAAUGGUCUUGUUCCUACACCUAAUUCUUUUCCUGUUCCUAUAUUCCACAAAAGAUCUUCAACUGUUUCUGAAUCAAGGACCGGAGUCUAUAACGCUAGAAAGGUUGGGAUGAUGAUUUACGCCAAAGGUGCCAUUUCUAAAUGGUUUAUACAAGGUGGUUCAACAUCUGAUGGUGAUCAGCUCCCUGGAAAUUCACUUCGUAUGGAGCCUUUUCGUCGUUCACAGUCGUUUGAGUGGAAACGAUGGGGAGAUGCGUUUGUUUUGACUUGUGAUCCCAGCAGCUCCACCGGAUCUCUGCAGACACAAACAACUCCAUGGGUAUCCAUAGCUGAGAACAUACGGGAUGAGCUACUUGAUUCUUUUGGAAAAGUCAGAGAAGAAAUACGUUCGGGAGAGGUCGGAGAAGAACUGAAACUUUCUUUUGUAAUCAGAAUUGGGAAAAUCCUCUUUCAUGGCAAGUACUUUUCUGGAGGUGUAACCACCAGGACGGAUGCAGAAUCUUACUUCGGUCACGUCGGAAGAUCAUUUUGCACAGACCUUCCUGACUCAUACAUGGAAACCAUUCUUGCUACGGUUGUUCCAAAACUCGGAGUUUAUUCCCACCAAGCAAAGGAGUAUUAUCAUGUGAAGGUAUUUGACAAGUGCAACCCUAAUACAUCUAUCUCAAUCAAAUGCCGGGUUAUAUCUGGACAACUUAAAAUGCACAAGAUUGAGCUGAACCAGAAGAGGUGUUUAGUAGUGGAUGUGUCUUGCCUUGAUAAAGAUUUGGAUCUGAGGUUGAUGUUAUCCACCAAGAGGGGGUUGACAACGCCAUUGAUGGAGGACGCUGAGAUGUUAACUAGCUUAAGGCAGUUGGUUGAUUCCGCAAUUCUGGAUUCUAAUGCAAAAGGUGGUGUGAGAUGGGCUAUGGGAAAGAAGUUCUCUGCAGAUGGGAGAUAUACGGUCAUAGGUGUUUGGCACACAAAUGUGCAGACUUUCAAGACUUCCGAGUUGAAGAUAAGGCUUAGAAAUGCUGACCGAUUCGAUUUCUGGGCUUCUGAUGGUGAAGUUAGCAAUGAAGUAACGCUGGAAGUAACAGGAAUUAACGCCUCCCUAAUGACUAGGAUGGACAUGGUUGAAAUGGAAGUUACCAUUGCAAUCCUCAAGGAGACUCUGAAAUUGGUUUGGGAUCAUUUCUUGAGCUGUGACCUGUAA